AUGCACUUGGCUCAGCAUGCUCCUGGCGCGGCCCGCCAGGAAUCGGCCGCGUACAAGCUUCAGCAACAGCAACCAGAGGCUGUGACCCCGUGCACACACGCGCAGAAGAGGCCAGCGCCCGCCGCCGCCGCCGAUCCUCAUCCGCCGCGCCCGGAGAAGAGGAUGCGCGGUGCCGUCCCGGUCCCGGCACCUGCCACACCGUCGUUCUUGAUGUAUGAUGAGGUAGCCAGAGCAUCAUCCGAGUCCACUACAGUAUCCAACCACUCUGACGUUGCUCAAGCUCCUGAGAUUUCCUCCCGGUCACAUGUGCUGGAGUCUGUCAAGCAUUACAGCCAACAACAGAUUGUUCCCGAGGCUGGCUCAAGCAUUGCAAGGAGCUCAUCUGAAGAGGAUGUCUUUGAGCCAUUGGAGCCUAUUUCCAAUUUGCCGGAUGGGGAGGCAGAUGGUUUUGAUAUCGAGGCAGAUGGUUUUGAUCUUGAAGAACUAAUGAGAAUGAUGGAAGACGACCCAAUUGAACUUGAGCCGAUCACUGUAGCCAACACUGGCAUGGAGAUGGGCCAACAGGAACCUCUGUACCUGGAUGCCUUGGACCAAGGCGUGCUGGAGGGCAUGCUGCAGUCCGAUGACCCUUACCCAAUGUGGAGAUCAGAGGAUCGGUCCAUGCACAACCCUGCCUUCCAUGAUGCUGACAAUGAGAAGAGGUACAAUGCUGCGUCGGAUCUUGACGCUCCAUCGCUACAGGGACAGGACCACUUGUCCAAACCGCGGCCGUGCUCCUUCGAUCCAUUUGAAGAAGCGUGGAAGGCCGAAGAGGCGCUCGAGAAGGAGAAGAGGUGCAAUGCCGCGGCCAAUCUUCACGCUGGAGGGCACAGCAACUUCUUCUCGCCUGCAAGUGUCUAUUAAAUCCGAUGUUGAACCUCUUUUCAAAGUGUAUAAGAGGAUACUCACUGGCUGAUGUAUUAGUUCGUCCAUGUACGAUCGCCACGGAUGUACCUCUGAGCAAUUUGCUCCACUUGUUCAUGCAAGCUAGUAAAA